UCCAUUCUUGUAACAUUGUAAUUUAAAAAUUGUUGGCUCAACAAAUAGCUGUUGAAGCAAGAACUCAUUUUUGAUUUUUCUAGAAUCAAAAAGUCACUUUAAAAAUAAAAUUCUUGAAACAACUAUUUAAACAUUUUUAAGCAUUUUCAAAAAUGGAAAAUUGUUAGUCUAAGAAUAAAAAGUUUGUUUUAAAUAUUUUUUCAUGCAAAAUAUCCUAUUAAGAAUCAAAUUUUUGAGUCAACAAUUCGUUCUUCAGCUAACAAUUAUUAUUAAGAAUGAAAAAAGUUGGAAUAACAAUAAAAGUUGUUGGCACAAGAACUGCAUACUUGAAUCGUUUUUUGUGUAUUAUAAUUGCAACUGUUUAUUUAACAAUCAAUUUUUGCGAUUUAAGUAUAAAUUGUUAAUUUUCCAACAACUAGUUCUUGGCACAAGAAUUUGUUCUUGAAACAACAAUUAGUUCUUGGAACAACAAUUUAUUCUUAAACUCUUGCAAACGUAACUGUAAAAUUGUCUCGUAAAAGAAAUGCAAAAAGCAAUGAAAUCAUUGUCUUGUGAAAUGCGAUCGGUACAACAUUAAAUAAAUUAAAGGAAAUAAAUUAAACAAAUAAAAGUGCGAUCGGCGCGUGCAAGUGUUAUAAGUGGAAAACAAUUAAAUUAAAAAUUUAAAAUGGCCGAAGAAGAACAAGUAGUGAUAAAACAUAUCGAAGCUGAAAUCCUGGAACUUUUUUUAAGUUGGGGACUAUCCUGCGCUGGGAUAUCUGCACUAGAGGAGUGCCGCAUAGCUUCUUUUGAUGUUAUCAAGAUUCUUAAUGGGCAUGAUAUUGAAAAUGUGUUCCAAAAAAGAGAACUUAUGGCGGACAGAAUUAAAUUUAGGUACGGUCUAAAUAAAUGGAGGGAAGCUAAUCAUGUCGACGUAAUACCAUGCUGCCAGAGUGACAAAACACUUUCCAUGGUAUCACAAUGGCUUUCAUCGGAUGCAAUGCAUGCCAGCUCUUCAACGUCUUCUCAAAAUGUCUUCGAAUUUCGAGGAAAAACAAAUACAAAUAUCGAUUUUAAUAUUAAAGAAAUAUUGCAAAAAACUGUUGCUGGAGACGAUAUGAUUAAAGCAUACCAACAAACGCCAAACCUAUCUAGCACUGAUCAAACCAUCAUAUCUAGAUGCAUUGUCGACCAUUUUCAUCACAAUGGUCUAAAAAUGUGUCCAAAAACCAUGAAAAGUGUAGCUAAGGAAAUAGUAAAAUUAUUUCCAAAUGAAGACGAACGUACGUAUUACGUUCCGCGGGAAAAUGGAAAGCAGCCAUCGGGAAAAAUUUUUGACAGGUACUUUAACGUCGGAUACAAUCGGAAGAGAAAAGCUGACUUGUCAGUAACAGAAAAGAUAGCCAAAAGCACUACUGAUAUUGAAAAUGAUGCGAGUACUAUUUCCGAAGAAAAUGACAACAUGGAAGUCGAAGAGUUUUUAAAGAAAAAAGAAUUUCUGUUAUAUAACUCUCCUGAAAACGCAAAAUCUUUGUGGGAAGAAACAUCUAAAAUGAGAAUGAAGGAAGAAAAAUAUCCAAUUUCUUCAUUUUUAACUGCAUGGCCACGGUAUAAGGACACAAAUGCCGAACAGCUAAUUAAUGUUGACUUCAACACAUUACACCCGGGAAAAUCUAAUAAACUCUUCGAAAAGUUCUACGAGUUAAAAAAAAGGGCAAACAAGGUUUUUUUCCCAUCAUCAAUCAAGGAGAAACUCUUUCUUGAAAUGUAUAAGAAAAUGGUUUCGCCCGAGCUUUGUGCCGAUUCGAAAAACUUUUUCUUUUUUAAUUUGUUGCACACCAUCUUAAUUCCGCCAAGGAUUAGCAAAACUUGCAAACCAUCAAUUUCUGAUGCACAAAAAGAUAUGUUUGUUCACUUGGUAAGCUUAAAUAAUUUUAAACAUAAGGAGGAUGAGCUGCAACUCCAAGCUAUUUCGGAAAAACUUAAGUUGCAGCCAAAAAUUUUUGUCAUUGGGGAGUCUUUGGAAAGCUUGAAAGAAUUUUAUGUUUAUUUGGAAGGUAUACGCUAUAAAGUUUCAACGCUGCUCGAUGCUAUAGAUUUAGUUGUUAAGAUUUGUUUCGUUUUUAAUUUAGAUUAUACUCAAAAAAGCAAAUAUGUGUGGUUCUUUUUGCAAGAAUAUAUAUACGAAAUUGUCCCUGACGAAAAAAUUUCAAAAAUAAAAAACAUUAUUUCAAAAUUAGAAAAUGUCAACAUUGAAUAAAGAUAAUUAUAAAAACACACAUAUUUGCUUUAUCUGUAAGAAAACUUUUCAAAACUCAAAUAAAUUUCUCAUUCAUUUAAAAGAUGAUCAUAGGACUCCAACACACUAUGAAUUUUCUUGUAAAUAUAAUUCAUGUAACAAAUUCUUUCAAACUAUUUAUAAAUUUAAGCAUCAUAUUUUAAAACACGAUAACAAACCAGACAGUUGUAAUUUUGAAAUCAGUCCUAAAAGAGUAAAGACCAUAGCACCUACUAUUUCAACCAAUGAAAUUCAUCCGAAUACCCAACCACGUAAUGAUUCUGAAGAAUGUAAUGUUUUGCUACAAGCCCAAAGUUCUUCUUGUCAAAAACCACCUCAAAUUGAUCUUAAUAAAAUAAAAACUAACUUAACUAAAGCAGUAAUUUCCUUUGCACUCCAACUUCAUACAAAAGCCAAUGUAACCAGAAAAAGUAUUCCAGAAAUUCAAAAUGCUAUAGAAGGUGAUAUCCUAAAGCCGUUUGUAGAUACAUUAAGUGAAUUUAUGCCAUUUAUGGAGCCCGAACUUCAAUCUAUAUACCAAACCAUUCUUAACAUUGUAAAUAACCCGUUUGAGGACAUAGCAUCCGAAUACAAAUUUUUUCAAAAAAUUGAAUCUCUACAAAUUUUUAAACCACCCAAAUUGUUUACAAUAAGCAGACAGUUAGAUGAAGUUUUCGUACGAGGUGAGCCAACUUUAAAAGAAAACACUAUUGAAGGAUGUCUCAACGACAUACAUUUUCAAUUAAAAAAGUAUUUUGAGUCACCAUUAGUUUUAAGUAAAACCCUAAAGAACAUCGAAAAUAUUAAAACCCAAAACUUAUUGAAUCACUUUAUAAUGGGAAAUAUGUGGAAAACUAAAACUGACACAAUACGUGAUAAAAUAAUUUUUCCUUUGUUUUUAUAUUUCGAUUCAUUUCAAACAAAUGAUGCAAAUGGGCCUCAUAAUGACUCGAUUUGUGGAAUUUAUUUUACUGUCCCUGUUAUUCCUCAACACCAAUUAUCCCACUUAAGUAACAUUUUUGUGGCAGGAUUUGUUAAAUCAAAAGAUAUAAAUCACUUUGGAAACAGUGCUUCUUUGGCUAAGUUAGUUCAAACUCUUGAAGAUCUUGCUUUAAAUGGCAUUGAUUUGAAUAUCGAUGGGAAAACUUCUAAAGUAUAUUUUUAUCUAGGACAAAUACUUGGUGAUAAUCUUGGACUCAACGAAGUCUUAGGAUUUGUUCCAAGUUUCAAUGCUAGACACUAUUGUAGAAUUUGUACGAGGGACAAAAAAAAUUGUCAAAAUGAUUGUGUAGAAGUUAAAGAAAGUAUUCGAAAUUUAUCUGGUUACGUUCGUGAAUCAACUUUGGGAUUCAACCAACCGGAAUUUUCUUCUGUAAAAGAAAAUUCCAUAUGGAAUACUUUGACCCAUUUUCAUGUAGUUGAUAAUAAGGCAUGCGAUAUCAUGCACGAUAUUUUUCUGGGUGUUGCGAAAUACAACUUGUCAAAAAUCUUAAACUACUUAAUUUUUGAAAAAAAAUAUUUUUCUUUAGAAGCAUUCAAUUAUAGAAAGCAGAUGUUUCCCUAUGAUUCCCAUUUUAUUAAUAAUAUAAGUCGUCCAAUUGACGGAAACCAAAUUAAAAAUUGCAAUAUAAAAAUGAACGCAGCUGAAAUGAAAACAUUUUUACAUUUUGUUUUGCUCAUCAUUGGAGACUUAAUUCCAAAUACAGACACAGUUUACCAAUUUCUAAUAACUUUUAUAAAAAUAAUUGAUAUUGUAACUCUUCAAGACGAAUUCAAUUCAGCUGUUUUAACAAAACUUGAUAAUUUAAUUGAACAACACAACAAUUUCUAUGUUGAUUUUUUUAAAGAAAAAUUAAAGCCCAAAUUUCAUUUUAUGUUACACUACAGCACUGUUAUAAAAGAAAUUGGUCCUUUAAAAAAUGUUUGGUGCUUCAGAUUUGAAGCAAAACAUCAAUUUUUUAAGCAGUAUUGUCACGUUAUAAAUUCAAGAAAAAAUGUUCCAUACACUUUAUGCAUAAAAAGCUCGCUUCAAUUCUCACAUACGACUCUACAAAAUUUAUUUUUUCAGGACGAUUUUUCCAAAUUUUGCAACUGUUUGCCUAUUGAUUUAACGAAACUACCGUAUUACCUUAAUCUUUGCACACAUUUUUCUUUCGGUAGCCAAGUUGAAAGUUUGAUUUUCAAAGGAAACCUUUUUAAAAUUAAUUGCUUUGUGAAAUUUGAAAGUUCAGUAUUAAAAAUAUUAAACAUCUUUUUGGAUUCUGAAAAAAAUAUUUUUUUAAUAUGUCAAUUAUACAAAUGUUUGUAUCUAGAACAAUUUCAGGCAUAUAAAAUAGAGCAAAAUGUAAAUUGCUUUUAUAUGAAACAUAUUGUUAAUUUUUCGACGUGUGUAAAGAGUGUCACUUUAAAUAACUCGGAAGAAGUUGUCCGUUUUUAUUAAUACUAUAUUUUGAAUUAAAUUUAAUAUUUAUGUACAUUAUUUUUAAGUAUGGCUAAUAUAAAAAAAAAUAAAAUAUGAAAUUCGUUGCAUUCGAAAACUUUUAGCGUUUUUUCUUUUUUGUUGAAGAAAAAAAUCUCCAUUUACUGAAACCAACGGGUGUUUUAAAGGUAAGUUGAAUUUAAACCUACACAUUUUUAUAUAGAAAUCAACUUUAUUCUUAAAGUAAUUUGAUGAGCAAUUUUCAACACAACAAUUUCCGGAAAUCUCAUAUUUUUAGUAUUUAACCCAACAAUUUCAUUUUCAUUUUUUAUUGACAAUUUGUUCUUGGGUCAACAAUCUAUAGUUUUUAAAGUCUGACAUGUUUUGUUCUUGAUCUAACUAUUAAAUUGUCAAUUUUUAUUAACAAUACAUUUUUCUCGCAACAAUUUUCGCUCUUGAAAUUUUAAGUAUUUUAGUAUUUGGCCAUACAAUUUAAUUGUUGAGCUUUUUUAACGAUUCUUUCUUGAGGCAACAAUGUAAAUUUUUGAAGUUUUUACAUUUUUUAUUUUUAAAUCAAAAAUAAAAGUUCUUGUUGCACGUUCAACACUUGCAUUCUUAAGUUAAGAAUUUAUAGUACUUGGGUUCAUUUUAAAGUACGAAAAUUGUUGG